CUCUUUUCAGCACAGUGCUCGUCCCUCUCUCUCUCUCUUAAAUCUCAUCAAUAUUAUUUUUACUCUCCCUCGUCUCCCCUGCUUCGCGGCAUCUACUACUACUCCUCCCACCUCGUCUCCGGCGGGCGAUCUCUCCGAUCAGCCCCCCUCCGCCGAGAUCGAGCGAUGCUCCGUGGCGAGGUGAGGACGCCCUGAUUCCGCGCUGUUGCCGUACGUGAGAUCUCGGGGUGGCCAUCUCGCGGCGGCGACAUGCCGUCUCUGCAGCUGCUGCAGUUGACGGACCGCGGACGGGGGCUUCUGGCUUCCAGGAGGAGGACUCUCGCGGUUGUUUCUGGCGCGCUGAUUGCUGGUGGAGCUUUGGCCUAUGCCCGGUCAAGUCAAAGCCAGCGGAGCAGGCGUUCGGAGGCAAAUUAUGGCAGCGAAGCCAGUGAAUUGGCCACCAAUGGGGAUGGGUUGAGUCAAAAUUGUAGAUUGGCUGCAACAAAGCAGAAAAAGAGUGGGCUUAAAUCUUUGCAUUUCCUAACUGCUAUCCUGCUCAAGAAGAUUGGUCCCAAUGGCACACGCUACCUUCUAGGCUUGGUAUUAACAGCGGUGCUGCGUACUGCUGUGGGGCAUAGAUUGGCAAAAGUUCAAGGCUUUUUGUUUAAAGCAGCAUUUCUUCGGCGUGUCCCAACAUUUACACGCUUGAUCAUAGAAAACCUUAUACUAUGUUUCCUCCAAUCCACAUUAUAUCAGACAUCAAAAUACUUGACAGGGUCUUUAAGUUUGCGUUUCAAGAAAAUUUUAACCGAUAUCGCUCAUGCUGAUUACUUUGAGAAUAUGGUUUACUACAAAAUGUCACAUGUGGAUCAUCGAGUAUCAAAUCCGGAGCAAAGGAUUGCUAGUGAUAUCCCAAAGUUCUCUUCUGAACUAAGUGAGCUUGUACAGGAUGAUCUGGCUGCGGUUGCAGAAGGGCUAAUAUACACCUGGCGUCUCUGUUCGUAUGCUAGUCCAAAAUACGUGUUCUGGAUUAUGGCAUAUGUACUAGUUGCUGGUGGGGCAAUAAGGAAAUUUUCUCCUGCUUUUGGAAAACUGAAAUCCACGGAACAACAACUAGAAGGAGACUAUCGUCAACUGCAUUCACGAUUAAGAACACAUGCUGAGAGUGUGGCAUUUUAUGGUGGUGAGAACAGAGAAGCAUCUCAUAUUAUGCAGAGGUUUGAUGCUCUUGUUGGGCAUCUGAAUCUUGUGCGUCAUGAAAACUGGUGGUUCGGCAUGAUUCAAGAUUUCUUUCUGAAGUAUUUUGGUGCCACUGUGGCAGUUGUCCUUAUCAUUGAACCAUUCUUCUCUGGCAACCUUAGACCUGAUUCAUCAACCCUUGGAAGGGCUGAAAUGUUGAGCAAUCUUCGAUAUCACACAAGUGUGAUCAUAUCAUUGUUUCAGUCCCUUGGGAUUCUUUCUAUCAGUUCAAGACGUUUAAAUAUCCUUAGUGGCUAUGCAGACCGGAUUCGUGAGUUAUUGGAUGUUUCACGUGAGUUGUCUGGUAUUCGUGAUAAAUCAUUGAAUCACAAUUCUUCUUCUGGAAAUUAUAUCAGUGAAGCAAACCAUAUAGAAUUUUCUGAUGUUAAGGUAGUCACGCCUGCAGGUAAUAUCUUGGUUAACGAUUUGACUCUCCGGGUAGAAACUGGUUCGAAUCUUUUGAUCACUGGUCCCAAUGGUAGCGGAAAAAGCUCCCUUUUCCGGGUCCUUGGGGGUCUAUGGCCACUGGUAUCUGGCCACAUUGUUAAACCUGGUGUUGGUUCAGAUCUGAAUAAGGAGAUCUUUUAUGUCCCGCAAAGACCUUACACGGCUGUUGGAACACUACGUGAACAACUAAUCUAUCCUCUUACAGAAGAUCAGGAGAUUGAACGUCUUACCUAUGAUGGCAUGGUGGACCUUCUAAAGAAUGUUGACCUGGAAUACUUGCUAGAACGCUACCCUCUUGAUAAGGAAAUUAACUGGGGUGAUGAGCUGUCCCUUGGUGAGCAACAAAGAUUGGGAAUGGCCAGGUUAUUCUACCAUAAGCCAAAGUUUGCCAUCCUUGAUGAGUGCACUAGUGCCGUAACGACUGAUAUGGAAGAACGUUUUUGCAAGAAGGUUCGAGCUAUGGGUACAUCCUGCAUAACAAUAUCUCAUCGCCCAGCUUUAGUUGCAUUUCAUGAUAUUGUUUUGUCCUUGGACGGUGAAGGCGGCUGGAAUGUUCAGCAUAGAAGGGAGGACUCUUCCUUUUCCACUGAAGAGUCUGAUUUUUCUUCAUUAGAAACUGAUCGUAAAUCUGAUGCACUGACUGUUCAAAGGGCUUUUAUGAGCAGGGCAAAGAGCAAUGCUUCGUUGGGGUCCAAGGACCAUUCGUACUCUACAGAGGUCAUAGCAACAUCCCCUAAGGUGGAAAUAGAACAUGCAGUACGGACAUCUCGGGUUCCACAUUUGCGAUGCCACCCAAGACCUUUGCCUCUCAGAGUAGCUGCAAUGCUCAAAAUACUAGUUCCUAAACUACUUGAUAAACAAGGCGGGCAGUUGCUUGCUGUUGCUGUACUUGUUUUCUCUCGUACAUGGAUCUCUGAUCGUAUUGCUUCAUUGAAUGGGACAACUGUGAAGUUCGUCUUGGAGCAGGAUAAAGUUGCCUUUAUUCGCUUGAUUGGUGUCAGUAUUCUACAAAGUGCUGCAAAUUCUUUUGUGGCACCAUCUCUUAGGACCCUUACCGCUAAACUUGCCCUUGGAUGGCGGAUUCGCAUGACCAAUCAUUUGCUUCGAUAUUAUUUGAAAAGAAAUGCAUUCUACAAGGUAUUCAACAUGUCAGGUAAAAGUAUUGAUGCGGACCAAAGAUUAACACUUGAUGUAGACAAGUUGACCACUGAUCUUGCUGGCCUAGUUACUGGAAUGGUAAAACCAGUAGUUGACAUUCUUUGGUUUACAUGGAGAAUGAAGCUCUUGUCUGGACGAAGAGGAGUUGCUAUACUAUAUGCUUACAUGUUACUGGGUUUGGGCUUCCUGAGAGCAGUAUCCCCUGACUUUGGUCGUCUCUCAGGCCAAGAACAAGAACUUGAAGGAACAUUCAGGUUCAUGCACUCAAGACUGCGGACACAUGCUGAAUCAAUUGCUUUUUUUGGUGGUGGUUCAAGAGAAAAAGCUAUGGUUGAUGCUAAAUUUGUAAAGUUACUUAACCACUCAAAGAUUCUCUUGAGGAAACAGUGGCUUUACGGUAUUGUUGAUGAUUUUGUUACAAAGCAACUUCCUCACAAUGUGACAUGGGGUCUUAGUCUAUUAUAUGCUUUGGAGCACAAGGGAGACAGAGCUUUGACCUCAACUCAAGGAGAGCUGGCACAUGCUCUACGAUUCUUGGCUUCAGUGGUGUCACAGAGCUUCAUAGCCUUUGGCGACAUUCUUGAGUUACAUAAGAAGUUCCUUGAACUCUCUGGUGGGAUUAACCGGAUCUUUGAGCUUGAGGAGAUUAUAUGUGCCGCUCAAAGGAAUACCGUGGUGUCUUCCAAUGCCAUCAGUGCAUCCUCAGAAGAUAUUAUUUCAUUUCAUGAAGUGGACAUUGUAACACCAUCACAGAAGCUAUUGGCUAGCAAACUGUCAUGCAAUGUGGUACAAGGGAAAAGCCUUCUUCUGACUGGUCCCAAUGGUAGUGGAAAGAGUUCUAUAUUUAGAGUGCUCAGAGAUUUGUGGCCCACCUUCUCUGGGAGAGUUAUCAAGCCCUCUGAAGGGAUGUUUCAUGUCCCUCAGCGUCCAUAUACCAGCCUAGGUACUCUGCGGGAUCAGAUCAUAUACCCUCUCUCAAGGGAGGAAGCAGAGAUGAAAGUUCUCUCGUUACAUCAAGCUGGAAACAGAUCUAGUGCUUCCAUCCUGCUUGAUGAUCACCUGAAGACAAUUCUAGAGAAUGUGCGGCUGGUGUAUCUUCUAGAAAGAGAAGGGUGGGAUUCUACACCAAACUGGGAAGAUGUUCUGUCACUAGGAGAACAACAGAGGCUUGGGAUGGCCCGUUUGUUUUUCCAUCAUCCUAAGUAUGGCAUCCUCGACGAGUGCACCAAUGCUACUAGUGUUGAUGUUGAAGAACAUCUGUACAGGCUUGCAACUAACAUGGGCAUAACUGUGAUCACUUCCUCACAAAGGCCAGCUCUGAUACCCUUCCAUGCCUUGGAGCUGAAGCUCAUUGAUGGCGAAGGGAACUGGGAGCUAUGUUCAAUCCGCCAGUGAGUGAUGCCACACCUGAGCUGAUGCUAUCAUAUGCGCCGUCAGCUGCAUGUACAAAAGCAAGCAGCUAUCGCAUUGCCAUUGUGUAUGAUAAUAGACAGUGGCAGUGUUGGUGUCCUGAAAGACAGCUAUAUUCUUGUCAGAAUCUGCUUGGCGUAGAACAACAAAUCACUCGUAGUUUAGCUUACAUCAAGGAGAAGGGUGGUGCGUGAUUGUGAUCCAUGAAUGAUGUGUGGCGAGGUUUCACUUGUAGAGGUGUUUCAGAGUUGCAGUAGUUGGACAGCUGCAGAGCAGAAGAGAACAUGUAAAUUAGCAGAUACCUACUGAUUCAUUGUAUUAGAUUAUGUGUAGUGUAGUAGAUAUAUAUAUGCUAUCGCAGGCAAAGCAAUAAAUAAUGUGGACGCUGCAAGGGCUAGCGGCAUUUUAGAGCAGAGGCUGUACUGUAAAUGACAAUAAUUUGUAAAAGUGUCGUUCCUUUUUGUCCAUCUUUUUUUAAGAAAAGGAAAUUUGCAAUCCAUGCAUGCUUGGUUUA